AUGACAAAAAGAUAUGCAAUUUUGCGGAAGAAACUGCGGGAACUUGAAUCUGAACUAGUUCAAGUGUUCGCCCUUCCUACGGAGACACCAUGCCACCAACUUCUCUCUGAGGGUAUCGAGCAAAGAUUUCUGUUUCUAACCAAUCUUUUGUCAGCAGAGGUUGCUUCGAACCCAUCAAAGCCUCACCACCUGCGCCACAUUGCCCAGAGACUCAUUGAACUGGAGACCGCUUUUCGCAACUGGGACAAUUACACGACUUUGGUGGUUCAUAAUUUCGAUACAGCUUCUACCUGUUCUUGCAGUCAAUCAUGUCUCAAUGAUGAUGGGGAGGUUUUGCCUGGCCCUGGUUCUCCUGUUUAUGAUGCCCCAAAAACAUACUAUGAAGCAGUGGCAGAAGAAAAGGUGCCGGCAGAGGAGAUGGUUAAGCUGGAGUCUGAGAGGGAGGUCAAGGAAGAGGAAGGGAGUGAUUGGGUUUGGAGGUAUUGUUGGGUGAUGAGUACUGGGGUGAUGCUUGGAGCAGUUUGUAUGGGCAAUGCUAUGGUUUAUGGAAAAUUUGAAGAGUUACAUGGGCAAAGCUUGAACUACAUCAUAUUUCUUCUUUCUGUAUGUAAAGCAAAGGUUAUGAUUGAGCUUGGCUCCCAUGAUGCACGACUAACAAUCCCCAAAAUGGUCAAUGGUGUCUCCUAUGUGGAAAUUAAUGUGCACUUGUGA